AUGCAUGAGACCCUCAAAGCUCGCGAUGAUGCCGCAUGGUACUUCUUUAUGGAGACCGACACGUAUGUCCAGUGGGCUAAUCUCCUUAACUGGCUUAUGCGAUUCAACCCAGACGAACCAUUCUACCUAGGCAACCAGAUGCAGAUCGGCGAUGUAAUCUUCGCCCACGGCGGAUCAGGCUUUGUGCUCUCCCAACCGGCGCUGAAACGCGUCGUCGACUACCAUUCCACGCGGGUUGCAGAAUGGGAUACAUACACAGACCAUCAUUGGGCGGGUGACUGCGUGCUAGGCAAGGCGCUCCAAGACGCUGGCGUCGGGCUCCUCUGGUCCUGGCCGAUGAUGCAGGGCUCAAACCCGUGGUUCUUUGAUUAUUUGUCGCCAGCAUUUGGGAAGACGCCCUGGUGCUAUCCACCAGUAACCUAUCACCAUAUGACGCCCGAGGGGGUACAAGCAAUGUGGGACUUUGAGCAGAUGCAGUCGAGACAGGAUAGAGAGGCGAAUGUCUUGUAUCGCGACGUAUUCCAAACCCUCAUCCAGCCUCGACUCUCCCAGAACGAACCAGACUGGGACAACGAGUCACCAGAUGUCACCGAGGGAGUCGCAAGCGUCGCUGAUUGCCAGGCGCAGUGCGCGCUGGAUGCGGAGUGUCUUCAGUACUCGUACGAACCAGGACGGUGCCUGACGUCGAAGCUGGUGCGACGGGGGAGCCACAAACCGGGGGUCAUUUCGGGGUGGAUGGCGGAACGGAUCAACCAGGUUGUAGCGGAGCUGGGGCCGUGCCAAGACAUAAACUGGAUCCAUCCAUAA